CACCGCACCGUCGUAGUCAUUUUGUACAUUUUUAUUGGUAGCCGGACAGUAACAGCUAACAACUGAUUGCGUUUACUUUUAAAUUGUGUUUUAUUAACGCAUAUAUUACAUUAUAAUAUUAAUUCGCUGAUAUUUAGAAGCAAUGAGUACUCCAAUAAAGAUCGGAAUAAUCGGUGGUUCUGGAUUGGAUGACAGUCAAAUAAUCGAAGCUCGGUCGGAAAAAGUGGUAACCACAUAUUUUGGGAACCCAUCAGAUGUCCUGAUUGAAGGCAAAAUAGCUGGAGUUGAUUGCGUUCUCUUGUCAAGACAUGGCCGGAACCAUUCAAUUAUGCCCUCAAACGUUAACUAUCGCGCGAAUAUUUGGGCUAUGAAAUCGCUAGGCUGUACGCAUUUAAUCGUAUCUACAGCAACCGGUUCAUUGCAGGAAAAAAUAUGCCCGGGUGACAUUGUCAUACCGGAUAAUUUUAUUGACCGCACAACAAAGCGAACUCAAACAUUUUACGACGGAAAUGAACUGCUUGUUGGAGUUUGUCACAUACCGAUGGAACCGGCGUUUUGUAGUCGUACUCGUGAGAUACUAAUUGAGACGGCUAAGGAACUGGGUAUUGGGGUACACGAUAAAGGUACCGUUGUGACUAUCGAAGGACCACGAUUUUCGAGCAAAGGCGAAAGUAAUCUGUUCCGUCAGUGGGGCGCCGAUCUGGUAAAUAUGACAUUGGUUCCAGAAGUUGUACUUGCGAAGGAAGCUGGAUUAUGCUAUGCCGCUAUUGCUAUGGCCACUGAUUAUGAUUGCUGGAGGGACAGUGGUGAAAUUGUUAAUGUGGCAGAUGUGAUGUCCACUUUCAAGAAAAAUGUCACAAAGGUCACGGAGUUGAUUACAACAGUCAUUCCAAAGAUUGCUGCUAUCGAUUGGACUGAAACGAUUGAAGAUCUGAAAAACGUCGUCAACGGAAGUAUCAUGCUACCGCACUCUGAAUAAAUAGGAUUUUUUUUUCACUGUUAGCUUUAAGCGCAAAAAUUUUCCACUUUUCAACUUGCAUUUGAAACUUAAUGUGUCAAUAAGACAAACAACUAUUAGAAUAACUAUGGUGUCAUAUUCAUUUGAACCUAGUCAAUUCGGGAAGGGUGUAUAAUUUGUAAACCAAACCUAUAAGAUUUUAAAUUGAUCCCAAAACCUAUAUCAAUUCAGAUGGACGAAAUAAAAACAUUCAUGGAAACUUA